AUGUUUGCCAAAAGAUUUGCUCAAAAGGCACCAACUAUGGCCCCAUUGAUGGCCAAGAGAACCAAAGUUACGUUGCCAGACUUGAAAUGGGAUUUCGGCGCUUUGGAGCCUCACAUUGCUGCUAAAAUCAAUGAACUUCACUACACUAAGCACCACCAAACAUAUGUGAACGGCUUCAACGCUGCUUCUGAACAAUUUGGCGAGUUGGAAAACAAACUGACAGGAGACCCCAAACAAGACGUGGCAGUUGUCAAGCAACUCGUGGCGUUGCAGCAGAAUAUCAAGUUCCACGGCGGUGGUUUUACCAACCACUGCUUGUUCUGGGAAAACUUGGCUCCUUCAUCGCAAGGUGGUGGAGAAGCUCCUUCUGGAGCCUUGGGCAAACAGAUCGAAUCCCAAUUCGGCUCUUUGGACAAGUUGAUUGCUCAGACCAACGCUAAGCUUGCUGGUAUCCAAGGCUCCGGUUGGGCCUUCAUCGUCAAAAACGCUGAAAAUGGUGGCCAGAUCGAGGUUGUUCAGACCUACAACCAGGACACCGUUACCGGUCCAUUGAAGCCAUUGGUGGCCAUUGACGCCUGGGAGCACGCCUACUACUUGCAGUACCAGAACCGUAAAGCUGACUACUUCAAGGCCAUCUGGAACGUUAUUAACUGGAAAGAGGCCGAAAAGAGAUUUGAUGCUUAA